CCACGUCCUUGACCACCUGAGGAUCUCCUUGACCACCUGAGCUCCUCCUUGACCACCUGCCCCCCUCUUUGGCCACUUGACCACCUCCUUGACCACCGAGCGACCAUGUCCGCCGCGCUGGUGCUGACCGUCUACAUCCUGACCUUCACCGUGGGCUUCCCCGCCAACGUCUUCACGCUGGCCGUGCUGGUGGCCAAAUCCCGCCGGCGGCCGGCCGCGCCGCCCCCGGACCACCCCUGCCCCGUUUUGGCCACCUUGACCACGGCCGACCUCCUGCUGCUCAACCUGACGGCCGCCGACCUCCUGCUGCUGCUGGUGCUGCCCUUCAAGAUGGCCGAGGCCGCGGCCGGGUUGGUGUGGCCGCUGCCGGCCGCGCUGUGCCCGGUGGCCAAUUUCUGCUUCUACACCAGCAUGUACCUGAGCAGCCUCUCGUUGGCCGCGCUCAGCGUCCAGCGCUACCUGGGCGUGGCCUUCCCGCUGCGGCUCCAGGGGCGGCGCCGGCCCGGCCGCGCCCUGGCGGUCAUCGGGCUCAUCUGGCUGCUGGCCGGCGGUCACUGCUCCGUGGUGUUCGUGGCCGAGUUCACCAAGACGGCCGAGGUGGGGACGGGCAACCGGAGCGCGGGGUGGGGCCAGGGGGGAGUUGGGCGGCUCAGGGUUGACCCCGUUGACCUCAAGGUUGACCCCGUUGACCUCGUGGACCACAAGGUUGACGCCGUUGACCUCAAGGUUGACCCCAUUGACCCCAAUGUUGACCCCAUUGACCCCAACGUUGACCCCAUUGACUCCAAGGUUGGCCUUGGUCACCUCAAGGUCAACCCCGUUGACCACAACGUUGACCACAAGGUUGACCCUGUUGACCUCAUUGACCACAAGGUUGACCCUGUUGACCCCAUUGACCUCAACGUUGACCGUGUUGACCACAAGGUUGACCCCGUUGACCCCAUUGACCUCAACGUUGACCCUGUUGACCCCAUUGACCACAAGGUUGACCUCAUUGACCCCAUUGACCCCAUUGACGCCAAGGUUGGCCUUGGUCACCUCAAGCUUGACCUUGGUCACCUCAAAGUCAACCCCAUUGACCUCAAUGUCGACCCCGUUGACCACAAGGUCAACCCAGUUGACCCCGUUGACCCCAAGGUUGGCCUUGGUCACCUCAAGGUCAACCCUGUUGACCUCAACUUUGACCCCGUUGACCCCAAGCCCUUCAACGACGUUGACCUCAAACUCAUCGACCCCAACCCCAAAACCCCCAAGACCAACCCCAAACCCAACCCCAAUGACCCCAUUGACCCUGUUGACCUCAAACCCAACUUCAAUGACCCCAAACCCAACCCCAAUGACCCCAAUGACCCUGUUGACCUCAAACCCAACUUCAAUGACCCCAAACCCAACUUCAAUGACCCCCUUGACCCCAAACCCAACCCCAAACCCCCCAAACCCAACCUCAAUGACCCCAAUGAUCCCAAACCCAACUUCAAUGAUCCCAAACCCAACCCCAUUGACCCUGUUGACCCCAAACCCAACCCCAAUGACCCCAAACCCAACCCCAAUGACCCCAUUGACCCCAAACCCAACCCCAAUGACCCCAAACCCACCCACAACCCCCCCGCUGCCGCCCCCUUCAAGUGCUACGACGACUUCUCCGAGGAGCAGCUCCGCUACGUCCUCCCGCUGCGCCUCGAGUUCUUCUUCAUCCUCUUCCUCAUCCCCUUCUCCACCACCAUCUUCUGCUACGUCGGCUUCGUCCGCGCGCUGCUGGCGCGCCCGGCGCUGCCGGCGGCGAAACGGCGCCGGGCGGUGGGGCUGGCCGUGGCCACCAUGGUGAUUUUCGGGCUGUGCUUCGCGCCCUACAACGUGUCGCACGUGGUGGGGUUCUGGCAGGGCCGCAGCCCCGGCUGGCGCGUCUACGCCACGCUGCUGAGCGGCCUCAACGCCGCGCUCGACCCGCUGGUGUUCUACUUCUCGUCGGGCGCCGUGCGGCAGGCGCUGAGCGGGGCGGGGGCGGCGCUCGGGGGGUGCUGGGCCAGGUGGGGGAGGCAAUAAAUUGGGGAGAGAUUGGUUAAAAACGUGCUUGGAUGGGUCAGGAUUUGUCAAAAUUUGUCGAAAUUUGUCGAAACGCGCGCGGAAAGGGUUAAAAAGUUGGUGGAAAUGGAUUGGAAAGGGUUAAGGAGGACGUAGCUCAAAAAAGA